GAACUCAGAUAAGUUGCAUUCUUUUUUUCUCUUGUUUACGCGUUCAUCAUGAAUGAAAGAGAACACAAGAUUGUCAAUAUAGUAGAGACAUUAUUUAGUGAUGCCUCACUUUUAUGGGAUAAAAUGAUGCAGAAAAAGAUACUAGCAGAUGCUGAAAACAUGGUUUCUUUGCUUGAACUCUGUAACAUGGGUAAACUCAAGACACUCGACGCAACACCUGAAGAAAUAAGAAGAUGUAUACAGAACCAUUCUUUAUCUCGUUUAAAAUUUAGUGAGGAUCAAGAAAAGAUAGGCCGUAUUAAACCUUAUAUUCCCAACAAGAAAGAGGAACUCGAUGACUGGUCUAUUUACGUAGAAGGUCUUUCCAAACCGUAUGAUAACGAGCAGAGCAUUAAGGAGCUGUUUAACAAACUAGUGGGCCAUGUUUCUUUCUUCCGCAUACCACCCAAUCAACAAAACCAAACAAGGUUCUUUGGUUAUUGCUUUAUUGAAUUUGAUCAAAAGGGUCACGUCAAAAAGGCCAUUGAACACGUCAAUAGGUAUUAUGUACAACACACAACAGUAGAGAAUGAACAUACCAAACUGAUAGACAAGCUACAUUUACGUGUCAUGUCAAAACAUGAUUGGAACAGACUAAAAGAUGAAUAUGUGGCAUUAUUAAAUGAAAAAAAGACAGCAGUAAAGCGUGCCUGGGAUGAAUACAACCAAGAUCAGCAACAAAAGGAAGAAGGAAAGACAUCUAAACCUUAUACUGAGGGACUCAUUGUGUAUGUGGAUAGUCUUCAUCCUCAAUCACCCAAGACAACAGCCAUGGCUUUGUUGGAAACAUCAGGCAUCAAAAUAGCAUUCAUGAAUACUAAGAAGAAAGGCUUAACAGGCACUCAUAUUCGCUUAAAUCAUGCAAAAGAUGCUCAAAAGAUAUGUGAGUAUUUUGAUACACAUCCUGUUGUUCAAGAAACAGAGAAGGACAAGAUAGGCAAAAUCCAAGAGACAAAGACAGUUGAUUGUAUCAAAUGUCGAGUAUUGACUGGAUCAGAAGAAGCCAUUUAUUGGGAAAAUGAUAACGUAAAUAAAAAAAGAAAGCUUUAA